UGUUCAGUAGUAGAUUGGAGAGAAGCUACAGCCCGCUAUGCUCCUGCAUGAUUGGUGGUGACUGACUGGGAAGUGAAUUGAUCACGGUCAAAGGAACCUGGAUCAGCUGUUAACACUGGCUCCUCCCCACAUCCACCGAUAAAGACGUUAAUACAAGUAGCGGGUAAAGAAGUACCUCCUAUGAAGAAAGAAGUCAGGUGCGCAGCAGCUUCACGUCGUUUUAAGGCAACAUGAACUCUCUCCCAGGAAGAGUCGCACUGUCUCUGUGCAGACGCACGGCAGCGGGUGGUGUGGGGGUCUUCGCCGGUUCCUCGGGUCACCCCGCAGUGAGUCCCAAGGCCGACAGGCCCUCUUUCCAGCCUGUGCGGGUCUGCCACUCCGGAACAAGCCGAAAGGGCAGCGUCAGCACCAAGAAGCGGGGUUAUGACAUCACCAGAAACCCGCACCUGAACAAGGGAAUGGCAUUCACCUUGGACGAGCGCUUACAACUGGGCAUCCAUGGCCUGCUGCCCCCCUGCUUCCUGUCCCAGGAUGUGCAAGUUCUGCGUGUCAUGAAGAGUUAUGAAACACGCACGAAUCCCCUGGACAAGUAUAUCCUGCUGAUGACACUGCAGGACAGGAAUGAGAAGCUCUUCUACCGUGUGUUGACCUCUGACAUCGAGGAGUUCAUGCCCAUUGUGUACACUCCCAUCGUCGGCCUGGCCUGUCAGCAGUAUGGACUUGCCUUCAGGAGGCCGCGAGGACUCUUCAUCACCAUCCAUGACAGAGGCCACAUCGCCACCAUGCUCAACUCCUGGCCUGAAAACAACAUAAAGGCGAUUGUGGUGACAGAUGGGGAGCGUAUCCUGGGCCUGGGUGACCUGGGCAGCUACGGGAUGGGGAUUCCAGUGGGGAAACUGGCACUCUACACAGCCUGCGGAGGUGUUCAGCCGCAGCAGUGUCUCCCAGUGCUGCUGGACGUUGGCACUGACAACCAGACCUUGCUCAGUGACCCCCUGUACAUUGGACUGAAACACAGGAGAAUCAGAGGAAAGGAGUAUGACGAGCUGAUUGACGAGUUCAUGGAGGCGGUGACAGACAAAUAUGGGAUGAACUGUUUGAUUCAGUUUGAGGAUUUCGCCAACAGCAAUGCCUUUCGCAUCCUCAACAAGUACAGGAAUCGAUACUGUACCUUCAAUGAUGACAUUCAAGGCACGGCCUCGGUAGCUGUCGCGGGGAUCUUAGCUGCUUUGAAGAUCACCAAGAAGAAACUGCUAGAACAGACUUUUGUUUUCCAGGGUGCAGGCGAGGCUGCUCUGGGCAUUGCACAUCUGCUUAUGAUGGCCAUGGCCAAAGAGGGUGUGACUAGAGAAGAAGCUGCCAAAAGGAUCUGGAUGGUGGAUUCAAAAGGCCUCAUUGUCAAGGGAAGAAGCCAUCUGAAUCACGAGAAGGAGGAGUUUGCUCACAAACACCCACACCUUAAAACCUUGGAGGAGGUGGUGCACACCAUCAAACCCACCGCUAUCAUUGGAGUUGCUGCCAUUGGAGGAGCGUUUACUGAGAAGAUUAUCAAAGACAUGGCGUCCUUCAACGAGAAGCCAAUCAUCUUUGCGCUGAGUAAUCCAACCAGCAAGGCGGAGUGCACAGCAGAGCAGUGCUACAAGCUCACAGAGGGCCGCGGCGUCUUCGCUAGUGGAAGUCCUUUUGAUAAAGUGACGCUGGCUGAUGGACGAACCUUCUACCCGGGGCAGGGAAACAACGCCUACAUCUUCCCUGGAGUUGCUUUGGGUAUUAUAGCUUGUGGAGUGCGCCACAUAUCUGAUGACAUCUUCCUCACCACAGCAGAGGCGCUAGCUGACAUGGUAACAGAGGAGCACCUGGCUGAGGGAAGACUUUAUCCUCCUCUGAGCACCAUACGAGAGGUGUCCUUCAAGAUUGCAGUGAAGAUUGUCGACUAUGCAUACAAACACAACAUUGCUUCAUUGUACCCUGAGCCUAAAGACAAGGAGGCAUUUGUGCUGUCUCACAUCUACAGUCCUGAUUACGACUCCUUCACUCUGGACACAUACACCUGGCCACAGGAGGCCAUGAAGGUCCAGGAUGUGUGAUCUUCACUGUCUGACUGCCUAAACUUCAUAUGCUGCUGGUGCGUCACAUACAAGCUCUGCAAAGCCUAUAUCCAAAAACUUUGCUACUGAUUCUCUUUUAGUUGUUUUUAGCUGUUUGUUUGUUAAAAAGCAUUGUUUCUAUAAAUAUUGACAUGUUUCUGGUCUGUUCUCAAAUGAAUCUAACAAUUCAGCAUGCAGCACAAAGUGCUUACGUUGAGGUAGAUGUCCAAUAAUAAGCCAACAACACAUUGCAUAAUACUGUGCAUGUUCAGGAUCAUUUAUGUCACCCUUUUUGUGUACAAAUUGUUUUUAUCUUGCAGCACUACUCCUUUUUUUUUUUUUUUUUUUGAUGGCCUGACUGAGGGGGGAAAAAAAAAUUAUAGCUGCCCAGCAACACCAGAUAUCAGUUGUCAUGUCAUGCCCUCUGUAACACGACAAGGAUUUAUUUUGAAGCUUUAAAAAAAGAAAACUAACAGAUACUCUCAGUGCCUCUUUCUCUUUGACCUCAGGACAGCACAGCUCCAUAUUACGAGUUAAAACCUGCAUUUGUCGGUGACCUGGGGGUGUUUCCAGAAAGCCGGUUUAGUAAAAACUCAAUAACCCCAAGGUUAGGCCAAUGCUGAUUUUUCAGAUCCACAAAUAGAGAUUACUUUAACCCUGUUCCUGUGGUAAUGUUAAAACCUGUUCGCUGGUGUUGUCUCCUCAACGAACCCCGAGUUUUUUUUCAGACUCGUGCUGAGCCUUAAAAAAAAAAACUAACUUUGAUUUCCUCAGUCAUACAGUCCACAUCAAAGCACAUACUGGAUUCAGUUCAGUUCCUCUGGCAGCAGACAGACAGCCCAUAGGUCCCAAACUGAGAAAGUUCUGGUGUUCACAGGUCAUUUUGUAACCAUGUGCAUGCAGUCAGAGAAAACGUUUUGUUUAAGUGAUCACAUGUUUUCUAACUUGCGUGUCUGUCAGGUGUAUUCACUGCUGUUGUACUGCGUUUCUACUUGG